GAGCGGAAGUGUUUUUGUUUUGGUGCCGCUGGGUAGUGUGGGAAGGCCGGUGUCGUCGGUGCGCCAGCUCGCGGUGCCGGAGCCCUGGAGGUGGGAGAGGCUCGGAGGGAGGCAGCCGGCGCGUCCUGCUCGCUCGCCUGGGACAAGGACCGGAGAACGGGGCCGGCGGAAAGUGGCGAUUUUGGAUUCUUCUGAAAAAGCACUGGAACUCAUCUCUCUUGCUUGUGAUCCAUCCUGUAAUCUGCAAUCUGUCUGAAGGCCAUAGCUCUAGAAAAAAUAUUUCCUUUUCUGCUUGUAAAAACCAACUCCUCCCAUAGCUUUAAAAUUCUUCUGGAGAAUUCAUACUUUAUGUUCCUUGAGAUUGGAAUAUUCAAGUACAUUUUUGCAGACUAGACAGACAUCAUAACAGUAGAAGAAAUAAGACCUGUUCUAUAACCAUCAAUGUAAUAUUUAGAAAACCAUUAAAAUGGACAUUUAUAUUAGAAGGGGGACUGUUUUUUACCAGUGCCUGCAAUAUAGAUAAGCCACUUACUUUUCUUGCAGGCUUUAUUAUUAUUAUUGUAGUUAUGGCAGCUGCAACAAUAGUUCAUGAUACUUCUGAAGCUGUAGAGCUUUGCACUUUAUAUGGCUUAUACCUUAAACCCAUCACAAAAAUGAGUAUCAGUGUGGCACUUCCACAAUUAAAGCAGCCAGGGAAAUCCAUUUCCAACUGGGAAGUAAUGGAAAGGCUAAAAGGAAUGGUGCAUACUCAUCAGUUCUCAACUCUACGGAUUUCUAAAAGCACUAUGGAUUUCAUCCGAUUUGAAGGAGAAGUAGAAAAUAAGAGUUUAGUUAAAUCCUUCCUGGCAUGUCUAGAUGGCAAAACUAUCAAACUUAGUGGCUUUUCUGAUAUUUUAAAAGUGCGUGCUGCAGAAUAUAAAAUUGAUUUCCCUACACGACAUGACUGGGAUUCUUUUUUCCGUGAUGCAAAAGAUAUGAAUGAAACUUUGCCAGGGGAAAGACCAGAUACUAUCCAUCUGGAAGGUUUACCUUGCAAAUGGUUUGCAUUAAAAGACUCUGGCUCAGAAAAACCAAGUGAAGAAGCUCUCAUUAAAGUAUUCAGCAAAUUUGGAGAAAUACGUAAUGUGGAUAUACCAAUGUUGGAUCCAUAUAGGGAAGAAAUGACUGGCAGAAACUUUCAUACAUUCAGUUUUGGAGGCCAUUUGAAUUUUGAAGCCUACGUUCAAUAUGAAGAAUAUGCAGGUUUCAUCAAGGCUAUGAAUGCUUUGCGAGGGAUGAAGUUGAUGUACAAAGGUGAAGAUGGCAAAGCAGUGGCUUGCAACAUAAAGGUUUCAUUUGAUUCCACAAAACACCUGAGUGAUGCAUCAAUUAAGAGACGUCAGCUUGAAAGACAGAAGCUUCAAGAGCUUGAAAAACAAAGAGAAGAACAAAAACGUAAAGAAAAGGAAGCAGAGGAAAGACAAAAAGAGGAAGAAAGGAAACAGAAAGAACUUGAAGAAUUAGAAAGAGAAAAAAAAAGAGAAGAAAAAUUGAGGAAGAGAGAGCAGAAACAAAAAGAUCGUGAAAUACGUCGAAACAAGAAAAGACUUGAAAAACUUCAAGCUGAAGAGCAAAAAAAAUUGCAAGAAAAAAUAAAACUAGAAGAGAGGAAGCUUCUUUUAGCUCAAAGAAAUCUUCAGUCCAUUCGACUAAUUGCUGAACUACUGAGCAGAGCCAAGGCAGUAAAACUUUUGGAACAGGAACAUAGUGAGGAAAAAAUCCGCCUUCAGCAGCUGGAAGAGAGGAGAAAACUACAAGAAGCAGAACUCCGACGAGUAGAGGAAGAAAAAGAAAGAGCUCUUGGACUGCAGAGGAAAGAAAGGGAAUUGCGAGAGAAAUUGCUCAACAACCUUAUGAGCAAGAAAAUGGAAAUAAUUCCUGUGAAAAAGUACGACUCUAAUACAGUGCAGUGUCCCACUUGGAAAAGCCUUGUAGAUGUUCCCCAUUGCAUCACAUCUACCUCAGUGCAGUCCAUCUUGUCCCAACCACUCCACAUUUGUCAAAGCAGCAUAGCAGCUAAUGAAAGUUUCCCUCAACCAAAGUACUUAAAUGGGAGCUUCCACGAGGAAGGUCUUCAAGACACUAUGAUCAAUAUUUGCAACAAAGAUAAGGUUUCUGAUGAAAGUAGUUUGGAUGUCCUUUCCAGUAUACCUGCAAAUCAGCAACACAAUAGCACAUUGGAUCAUGAGAAGAUCCUUUAUAAGAACUCUCUCCCAGAACAAGGCAAAUGCAACAGAGAGCCAAGCAAGGGGAGAAGUCAUUCAUACAGAGACCGAGAUGUUUGUAAUCACCAGAGCAAAAAUAAAAUUGAAAAAAGCAGACACAGAAGAGACUUAAGUAGCGAGGAUGAGAAAUGCAGAAAAGAAAGGCGUCCUUAUAAAAAACAUUCAAGAAAGAGUAGCAGUCCUCACCAGAGGAGCCCAGAUUUGGAAUAUACCCGACAGAGACAGACAUUUAGUGGCGACAGAGAUCAGGAUAAAAGAGGCCGCAGCCACAGCCACAGCCACAAGAGCACCGGGAAGAAACAGAAACAUCGGAAGAGAUCUUUGAGCAACCAAAGAAGCACUUGGAGUAGGUAAUAGAGGAAUUAUCUUUUUCUAAGGGCUAUUUUGGAGAAAGAACUGCAAAGAUCUCUGCUUGGUCUGUCUCACAGAGAGAAUGGAAACUGAUUUUUUUUACUUGAAUGAUUUGCAGAAUUAAAAAAUUCAUAACCACCCUUUUCAAAACACAUCUUUUUGUGACUUAAUUGUCAAUGGUUUCUUGGCUGUCGAUUUUAAUUGUUCUAGCUCACAUUGAAACUGUGAUAGCCAGAUUAGUUUCACUUAUUUCCAGUAUCCAGUUGGAUUCAUUUUAAUUGGUAAUGACUGUAAUCAUAGCAGUUUCUGUUUAGAAAUCGGCAUGUGUAUGUUUCUAAUAAGAAAUGUAAACUUGAUGAGUUACUACAUACUUGAUUCGUUAGAACUCGGUAAUUCCAUGCAGGACUUUUUUGCUAUCUCGACUGGUGCUAGAAGCAACCAUAUUUUUAUAUAGUGCUGUGAUGCCUUCUUUGCUAUUUUUGCCAACUGCAUUAUUUCCUUGACCUUGAAUGGCCAUGUUGUUUAUUCUUUUACAGGUUUUGAAGCUCUGUUCCAUUUCAAAGCAAAUAUUCAGGAUUUGGGUGGGAAGGAGACUUCCAAGAAAGUAGAUUAUAAAAUUUCUAAUGUAUCAAUAUUUGAUUCCCCACCCCCCUAAAUGCAGUUUUGAGGCAUCUAUAUUUGAAAGAAGGGCUUUUCAGCUAAGUAAUAUAUAUAUGUGUAAUGUUCAGGUUCAAAGUUAUAUUUUCACCCUUUAUAACUUCUUUGCUUCGAGAAAUGAAGCUCAGGAAUUUCUCCAAAAUAUUUUCAUAGUGCAAACCAGCUUUCUUACCAUUUAAUGGUAAAACUGCAAAAGCCAUUGCCAGUGAAUACAAACUGCUUUGUGAUUGGAAAUAAUAAAGAUCUAUACAUACUCCAUUAAAUCUGA